CGUCAGUGAGCGCGCAACAGGUCUCUCUCAGUGUCAAACUCAGAACUGUCCCUUUCAUAGUCUGUUCUUCAUCCGUCUCUGCGAGGUUAAGGAUUUUAAAGAGCACAACUGUGUCGUAUUAUCGUGAUGAGGAGUUAAGGAAUUUCUGAAUUUUGGUUUCAUGCCGGGACGGUCCAGUGUUACUGUCGGGUGAUGGCAAAGACAUCUCAUGUGCUUUCUCUCGUCGACAUCCUCUUUACCAUCAACUUGGUUAUAGCAAUAGAGCUCAGGUUUGUGCCUGAUCCUCCAACCUUAAACAUCACUGAGAAGACUCUCAAAAUCAAUGCUUCAGAUACACUGGAGAUCACAUGCAGGGGACGUCAGAUCCUGGAGUGGUCUACACCUCACAACCGAACCCGCUCUGAAAACCGGCUCACCACAACAGACUGUAGCGGCAAUGGACUGUUCUGUAGCACUUUAACGCUCUCCAAAGCAGUAGCCAAUGAGACUGGAGAAUAUCGCUGCUUCUAUAAAAACCUGCCUGUAGAGGAUGGAAAGACUUGUAUAUCUGUGUAUGUUUUCAUACAAGAUUACCGUACGCCAUUUGUCCGAAUGGCUCAAGAUUAUGAUGUGGUGUUCAUUCGUGAGGGAGAACAGGUGGUCAUUCCCUGUCUGGUAUCUGUGGAGAACCUAGACGUCACACUGUACACAAAGUAUCCAGUAAAAGAACUGGCCACUGAUGGGAAAGAGGUUAUCUGGGAUAGCAAGAGGGGCUUUAUCCUGCCUAGUCAUGUGGUCAGCUAUGCUGGGGUGGUCUACUGCCAAACCACUAUUCGAAACGAGACCUAUCAGUCCUCACCUUACAUUGUGGCUGUCGUAGGAUACAAGAUCCAUGACCUCACCCUGAGUCCACCUCAUGAGAGGCUAACGGUAGGGGAGAGGCUAAUGCUAAACUGCACCGCUCACACCGAACUCAAUGUGGGAAUCGACUUUCAGUGGACCUUCCCUCAUGAGAAGAGAGGCGUCAACAGCUCAAUGCCAAGGACACGCUAUGAGACCAGGUCUUACAAGAAGAAGCUGUGGAACUCUUUAGAACUGUCUAAUACUCUCAUUGUAGAGAAUGUAACUGUAAAUGACACAGGAGAGUACAUCUGCACAGCCUCUAGCGGUCAGAUGCAGAAGAUUGCCCGAGCAGCCCUCAUCGUCUAUGAGAAACCAUUUAUAGCGCUCAAUGAUCAGAUGUUGCAGACUGUGGAGGCAACUGCUGGCCAGGAAGAGGCAAAAAUCCUGGUUAAGUAUUAUGCUUAUCCAGAGCCCUCUGUCAAGUGGUAUAAGAAUGAUCAGCUGAUAGUGUGGAAGGAUGAGUACAGGAUUAAGCCCAACAGAGGAUCUCUUACUAUAUAUGGGGUUACAGAGAAGGAUGCUGGGAAUUACACUGUUGUCAUGACGAAUAAGAUUACCAAGGAGGAGCAGAGAAGAACAUUUCAACUGUUGGUUAAUGUUCACCCUAAGAUUUUUGAGAAGGAAGUGCCAAUGGAUCGAGAUGUUCACAUGUAUGGCAGUAGCCCUACACUCAGAUGCACAGCUAGUGGAGGAUCCAGCCCUGUCACAAUACAAUGGCAGUGGAUGCCCAGAGAGGACUGCCCAGUCAGAUUCCUACCUAAGUCAGACCAGAGUGUGGUGAAGUGUGACAAGUGGAGGGAGAUAUCAAAUAACACAGGGAAGAAUCCCAUCAUCAAUCCCACAUCUGUCAUUGAACGCUCUCUUAAGACCAUCAGCACACUGAAGAUCCAGAAAGCAUUUGAUCAUGCUCUCUACAGGUGCAUUGCUUCCAAUAAGAUGGGAAUAGAAGAGCGGGUCAUUGUGUUUCAAGUAGCUCGUUUCCUCAACCUAAGCGUCCUCCCCUCCAGCAAUCCUAUUGAGGGAGAGGAUGUGGUAAUGCGCUGUGUGGCCGAUCGACUGCUGUACUCUAACUUGCGUUGGUAUCGGGUAACAAACAUAGCCAACCCUGAUGCCUCUCCAGCAGCCGUGCCCUGUGAUACCCUUACCCUGUCGCCUCUCCACCAGACCAAUGUCACCAUAUCAGGCCUGCAGGGCACCAAUGCAACACUGGACCUGCCCAUACCCAAUGCCACAUUGAUGGACCAAGGCCUGUACGCUUGCCAAGUGGAGAACGUGGGCACCAGUGAGAGAACCUGCUUACUUCACAACCUCAGACUCAGAGCUCUUGAGAUGUCAAGAAUUGUGACCAAUCUGACUGACCAGAGAGUGAAUGUGAGUAACUCUACUACUCUAGAGUGUGAAGUCUCCGGCACACCAACUCCUACUGUAGUUUGGACUAAAGACAACCAGACCGUCAUGGAGGGAUCAGGUGUGAUUCUGAAACAUUCAAAUCGUGUCUUAACCAUCCAACGGGUGAAAAAAGAGGACAGUGGCCUUUACAUAUGUAUGGCCUGUAACCAGCAAGGCUGUGACUCUCGCGAGGCUCGUAUCACUGUAGAUGGUGCAGAAGAAAAGAUGAAUGUGGAAUUGAUCAUGCCUAUUGGUGCCGUGGUCAUCGCCAUGUUCCUCUGGCUCCUCAUCGUCUUCGUCAUCCGUAAUAGGAAGCGGCAGCCUAAUGAAGGAGAUCUGAAAACUGGCUACCUGUCAAUCAUUCUGGACUCAGAUGAUAUGCCAAUGGAUGAGCACUGUGAAAGACUGACCUAUGAUGCAAACAAGUGGGAAUUCCCACGUGACAGACUGAAGCUAGGAGAGCCGCUGGGCAGAGGGGCAUUUGGUCAAGUUGUGGAGGCGACCGCAUAUGGUAUUGAGAAGGCCACCACCUGUACUACAGUAGCAGUGAAGAUGCUCAAGGAGGGCGCUACCACCAGUGAGUACCGUGCUCUGAUGUCUGAGCUGAAGAUCCUCAUCCAUAUUGGUCACCAUCUCAAUGUGGUCAACCUUCUAGGAGCCUGCACCAAACCAGGAGGACCCUUGAUGGUGAUUGUUGAGUACUGUAAACAUGGUAACCUUUCCAGCUAUUUAAAAAGCAAGCGAGGAGAGUACAGUCCCUACAAGAAGCAAACGCCACGGAUGCCGUGUAGGACGGAGGCGCAACAGGAAGAGGAUUUGCAUGAGGGGGAUCUGGGUCUGGGAACCAGCACUCGGCUGGACAGCUGCACUGGUACUGCCAUGUGCACCAGGAUGGGAGAACAGACCUCCACGACCCAGCUGCAGGAUGAACAAGAGAGUUCAGACUGGGAUCACCUGACGAUGGAGGAUCUCAUCAGCUAUAGUUUCCAGGUGGCCAAAGGCAUGGAGUUCCUAGCCUCUCGAAAGUGUAUCCACCGGGACUUGGCAGCCAGAAACAUUCUACUCUCUGAAAACAACGUGGUGAAGAUAUGUGACUUUGGGCUGGCCAGAGACGUAUAUAAAGACCCCGAUUACGUCCGCAAAGGAGAUGCUCGUCUUCCUCUCAAGUGGAUGGCUCCUGAGACCAUCUUUGACCGCGUGUACACCACACAGAGUGAUGUUUGGUCAUUUGGUGUUCUGCUCUGGGAGAUCUUCUCACUUGGUGCGUCUCCAUACCCAGGUGUGUGCAUUGAUGAGUCUUUCUGCAGGCGACUAAAGGAGGGAACCAGAAUGAGAGCUCCAGACUACGCCACACCUGAGAUAUACCAGACCAUGCUGGACUGCUGGCUUGAUCGACCUAAAGAAAGGCCAACAUUUACUCAGUUAGUUGAGCAUCUAGGCAAUCUGCUACAAGCUAGCGCUCAACAGGAUGGAAAGGACUACAUCCCUCUGACAAACGGAGAGAUGGAAGAGGAAUCAGGGGCUCCUCACCUUAGUGUGACGUCGAAAAGAGUUUUCUAUCUAGGCAACAAAGAGGCCCAGCUCCACUAUGACAAUGCUCCACCCCUGGGGUUCCCACAGCAGAUCGACAGUUGCGGUGUGCCAAUAAGUAUGACUACUUUUGUGAACAUUCCCCUGGAGCACACUGCUGUAAUGAACGGUCACAUGGACUGUGGCGUGGGCUUAUCACGUGAGCAAAUGAAAGCUUUGGAUCGGCAAGUGCAAAGACCACUUAAUUUCAGCCCACUACUGCGAUGCAAGAGCAAGGAGUCUUUAGCAUCUGAAUCGUCCAAUCAGACCAGCGGCUAUCAGUCCGGCUACCACUCUGAUGAUGCAGAAGCCCCUAUAUAUGCCAACGAGGAGAUGAUCCUGAAGAGAGACAUUCGGAUGAAACCUCCACUGCCCAAGAGAAAUGACAAGUUCAGCGCAGAGGUCCGUUAUAGUGCGCCUCCAGUUUAACAUCUGUAGCGCUUCAAACAGUCUUCCUCUCUCUGUUAUUCAGAACCUUAGUGUAAUAGUUCAGCCAAAAAUGAACAUUUCAGUUACAUUUCAAGUUGUUCCAAUCCUGUGUGAGUUUCUUUCUUCUGCUGAACAUAAAAGAAGAUAUUCUGAAGAAUGUUGGUAACUGAUGUCCAUAGUGUGGAAGAAAAAAAUACUAUGGAAGUCAAUGGGUGCCAGCAUCUAUUUGCUUACCAACAUUCUUUAAAAUAUCCUCCUUUGUGUUCAGCAGAAGAAAGAAACUCAUACAGGUUCGGAAAAACUUAAGGGCGAGUAAAUGAUGAAACUAAAAUGUUCAUUUUUCAAUCUUUAAUGUAAUAGUUCGGCCAAAAUUUUUAAUUUGGACAUCAUUGCCUCACCCUCAUGUCUUUUUAAAUCCUGUUUGACUUUCUUUCUUCUGUUAAACACAAGAUGAGAUAUUUAUAAAACAAUGAAUGAAUGGAGCUGCUCUUUAUGAUGCUCCAUUUUGAAGCUUGUCAGCCCUUGGUCACCAUCCACUUACAUUGUCUGGUAGAUUACAACUUUGUUUGUUCCUUAGAAAGUCAUACAAGUUUAGAAAAACAUGAAGGCGCAUAAAUGACUAAUUUUUCUUUGGUGAACUUUCCUUUCAUGCUCAUGCGACAGAAUAGCCAAAGGGUAAUUUCCUACCUAGAAUGAGUAGCAACCUUCUCACUUCUCGUCCCGUAUUAGGUUUUUCCUGCCAUUACUCAUAAUAUUGCAACCGCAUGACUGCAUCAUCCAAAGUCAACAAACUGUUAAAUUGGCUGUCGAGCUUCGAUUGAGGUGCACCAUUAUCGCUUCUUUCGUAAUUGUAUGCGUAAAGGAAUCACUGACUCAUUUGAACUGUUAACUGUUUCUUUUAUCAUACUUACUUUUUGAAAUAAAUGUAAUAUAUUGUUUUGGAACGGACUGUUUUGGAGCAGAUAAGAUGUAUGUUUUAGUUUUAUUCUUCUAAAUGUCAGGGGAGUUUGGAGAGUGAGAAAGCCUUAGCCAUACAAUCAUGUUUACACAGACUGCGGAGCAAGAGUGGACUCUCAGUGUGUCCACGCCACUUCCUGAGCAAAGGCAUGCCCUCUUCCUACCGCACAGGAAAUAGCAACUGGAAUGUCAGACAAUUGAGUGUGUGAAUGUUUUCCAUUUUUUUUGUCUUCAUCUUCUGCAUUGUCUUUAAACGUAUCGUGACCAGACUUGUUCUCCCCCAAGCAACAAACAGUCUGUCUGAAUUUUGUUUUCUCAGCUUUGUUUCUUGGUUGGCCUUUUGAUUGUACAGUUUAUAAUGAGGGCCUUCUUUUUCUUUGUAAGAAAAAUGUCAGUAUUUUGCCAUUAUGAUUAUAUUAUUUAGUUAAACGUCCAUUAAUGUAAUUAGUUUUUUUUAAAUAAACACUCUUGCCAGUUAAAAACAACAUUUAUGUGUGCGUGUUUGCAUGCGCAAGAGUGCGCCGAUCUUCUGUGACCCCUCUCUUCCUGUAUCUGUUUCUCAGUGACCCUGACGAGACAAUGUACUCGUAUCUGCAGUUAUUUGUGUGCGUCUGAGAAACUGCAUUUUGGGUUUCAUGUGCUUGUAUUUUUGUGCAUGUGUGGGUGUGAACACUUGGGCCUGAGGAAACAAUGCUCACACAGCCUUGGGUGUUUUCCUAGGAGUGCUGCUCUCAAAAUGGCUGUCCAGAAUAGCAUGCACAAGGCCAUCAAAGUGCGGUGAGAUCUGCGCUCUGGGCCUUAUUUUU